CUCAGUUGUCCCUAUCCACCAUCGUCUGGUUUCAAGUCUUUCUAUCGCGCCUAUCGCUUGUUCAGUAAACCCAGCUUUAACAGAGCCGAUAAAACAUUCAUCUACACGGCCUCAUUCGCUUUAAAUUCGAGUUUCUCAAUGUCUACUUGGCCCAAUAGCGAAAUUCAAAAAGCUACACCAGAACGGACAGCGGAAAUUCGAGAAUCUCUAACAGAAAUUCGAGGUCGUGUUUCUAGAGCAGUAGAAGCUCUAGGAUCGGUAUCCAAUAUCCCAAAGCUCGUCGCUGUUUCGAAAUAUAAACCAUCUGCUGAUAUCUUGGUUUGUUAUGAACUCGGCCAGAGAGAUUUCGGCGAAAAUUAUGUGCAGGAACUGGUUGAUAAGGCGAAAGAGCUACCGAUCGAAAUUCAAUGGCAUUUCAUUGGCACAUUACAGUCGAAUAAAGCGAAGUUGUUAGCUUCGAUACCAAAUCUACACACCGUACAGACCAUCUCGUCUGAGAAAACUGUUAACGCAUUACACAAAGCACUCCCUUCCGAUCGUAUCGCUCCGCUCAAUGUGCUCGUACAAAUCAAUACAUCCGGCGAAGAUGCCAAAUCUGGCAUACAACCCCUCGCCUCUUCCUCAUCUUCCUCCCUCGGUCAACUCUCAGAUCUACAAAGAUUAGCAAAACAUAUCGUAAUGUCGUGUCCCAAACUCCGUCUACAGGGCCUGAUGACAAUUGGCGCCCUGGACCUCUCCCUCUCUGCGAACGAGACCGAGAAAAAUGCCGACUUUGAAAGACUAACCGAGACAAGGGACAUUUUGGAGCGUUGGCUCCAGGCAGAACUGGUACCGGAGGAAGCAGACAAAAAUCAAGUUCGGCGUUGGGGUGACGAAUCCACUGGUAAAUUGCUCUUGAGCAUGGGUAUGUCAAGUGAUUUCGAAGCUGCAUUGAAAGCUGGGAGCGAUAUCGUUCGCGUUGGGACGGGAAUCUUUGGUAGUAGGAAGACUAGAGAUAAAUUGAAAGAGCCUGGGGCACCGGUGUCGUAGCGUUCGUGGCACUCAAUGUAAUGGUUAGUGUAAAAAAUUGUUGUCUUCUUCUUGUCCGACGAGCCAUUAAGAAGUUUGAAGAAUAUACUGCUGCAAGUACAAUCAACUGACUACUUCUGUGCGGUACGCUUUUAUUCCUACGCCAAAUCCAUCCUUCAGAUUCACAUAAUACAUAUCUGUCCACGGAGGGCUUUUAUCGAAUAAGACCCCGCCUUGUAUAGCACUUCCCCGACAUAAAUCUUCCUUGGUCUCGCAUCCCUUUUCAAAACCUGGAAUGUCCUUGACCCCCGGCCCCCAAAAUCGAAAAUCUCCCCACAAUGGAGCAUUCUCCGGCUUGAUCACGAUCUCGAGCGGGACAAGAGGUAGAUCGGGCAGAUCUUUCAUUGGAGUCGCUUUUUUCCCCUCUUUAGCUUUGUCUUUUUCCAUCUUGAUCAGCUUCGUAUUCCUGAUCCAUUC